AUGGAACGUGACAGUAACGGUAUGAGUCAUGCUUUUUCGAGCGUGCAGCCGGCUCCAUCGAUUUAUAAGACGUUGUCACGUCAAAAAUGUGAUAUAGUGUCCAUUAUUCACAACAUGAAAACUGAAAUUGAGGUUUUAAAAGAUGAACUGGCUGAACUAAAAAAGAGUGGAAGUAAUGUCGCUGACCGUGAUUCGGAAAAGAAACUGUCUGAUGAAGAAAUAAUCGCUGAAAUUGAGGACAGAAAUUAUCGGGCUAAUAAUUUAAUUCUAUACAAUAUGUCUGAAUCUCAGGCAGAAUCAUUUGCGGUCCGUAAGGAAGAUGAUAUGUCCCGUUGUCAAAAUAUAGUUGUGCCCAAUGGUAACAAUGAUAACAUCAAGAUACGUUCUUGUGUACGCUUGGGUAAAUAUAACCAAGAUAAAGUGCGUCCUCUUAAGAUAAUUUUCUCUUUUGCCCAAGAUGCAAUUGAUUCUUUAGUGGUUUACAGACGACUGAAUAUAAACAUCGUAAAGAGCAAGGAUGAUGUACUAAGUUCCGAAUAUUUUAGUUCAAUGUUUAAUGUCUUCAGAGCAAAUAAAAAGGGCAGAGGAAGAGGAGUUUUGUUAGCGGUUAAAUCUCAUCUGUCUAGUAAACAAUUAAAACUAACAUCGCCUGUUACGGAUGCUGAUUUAAUUGGAGUCAAGGUGCAUAUUUGUUACGAAGAAAUCUUUGAGUAUUUGGAGCAUGAGAGUCUUAUAUCUGAAAAAACCUUAAUAGUAUGUGACUUUAACAUCCCUCAAUAUUAUAAUCAGAUGAUGCAAAAAGAGAAUCAGCAGAACUUAGUAACUAAUGCUAAAGGUAGACUUUUAGACUUAAUCCUUUGUUCUAAGGAUUUGAAAUGUACUGUAAUGCAGUCCAAUACUCCAGUAGUUGAUGAAGAUGCUCACCAUCCUGCGUUAUCUAUCAUUCUACAAGUUCCUGCAGCUAAUUUGAAAGAGUUGAGUUUCAACUUUUCGAGAAUUAAGACCAAAUAUAAUUUUCGUAAAGGAAAUUAUAUAGAGCUAUACAGAUACCUGAAUAACACAGACUGGUCUCAACUACUAGUUAUUAAAGAUGUCAAUGUUGCUUGCGACUAUUUCUAUUCCAUUAUUUAUGACCUUUUAGAUAGAUUUAUUCCCAAGACUCCAAUUAAUACUACGACAUAUUAUCCUGUUUGGUAUACACCAUCUAUCAUAGGCUAUAUUAAACGUAAGCGUCAAUUAUGGAAGAGAUAUAAAAAAAAUAAAUUUGAUAGAGUAUUAUCACAAAUUAAUGAUCUUAGGAGACUCAUUAAGAAAGAAAUCAAAGUGGCAUACAUCAACUUUAUGGUAUCGGCGGAAACGAACAUCAAGCAAGAUCCAAAAAAUGUAUGGGCAUAUAUUAAUCAAAAGAAAAAUGUCUCGAGUAUCCCAGGCCAUGUGUUCAAUAAAGGUAUUGAACUAACUGAUCCACAAGAAAUUGUCAAUCAUUUCGCGAUUCAUUUCAGUGACGUCUUUAGUAGUGAUAAUAUCUGUGAUAGUUUCCCAGUCUGUGAUAGAGAAAGUGAUAUAGUGAGCGUCUUACACAAUUUCGUAAUAAAUACCUGUGAUAUUUUGGAUGCCGUCAAAAAAGUCAGUUCUAAUUUUACUAUGGGUCCUGACAAUGUGCCUGCUUUCCUUGUAAAAGACUGUAUUUCUUGUUUAUGUGAACCCCUUUGCUACUUGUUUAAUUUAAUUAUUGCUGAGGCUGCAUAUCCUAAUAAGUGGAAGUCUACUAAAGUUAUCCCGGUCUUCAAAUCUGGUGUACGUAAUAACAUCGAGAAUUAUAGGCCCAUUGCAAUAGUUUCAAAUUUUAGUAAGAUCUUUGAAAGAAUUGUAGCUAAUAAUUUAUAUAGUCAUGUAUCUAAUCAACUUAGCCCCAGUCAGCAUGGCUUUAUAAAAGGAAAGUCAACUUCAACAAAUCUGUGUGAAUACAUCCAAUACAUAUCUGAUUCUCUUGAAAGUAAAAAACAAGUUGAUGUUAUUUACACAGAUUUAUCUAAAGCUUUCGAUGUGGUUAAUCACUCGAUUUUGCUUGAUAAGUUGAGCAAAUUUGGCCUGUGUAAUAUAGUGGAACAUUUGCAAUAG